AUUAUUAAAGAGUGUUUAAAACAAAAAUUAAAUAAUAGAGCAGAUAGGUUAAGAAAAAAAAAUAAGAAGUUAAAAAUUGUUAAUUCUAGCAUGCAAAUUUUAAGUAGUGAUAAUGAAUUAGAAAUAUCACACCAACAUACCAAAAAAAAUAUAAGUUCUGACAAAGAAAAUUCGAAUUUAACUUUAGAGCAUGAAAUGGAAUAUAAUAUAAAUUGCCAAAUAACUGAUACAAUUGAUGAAAGUAAUUCUGAUACUUUAGAAGAUUGUGUUAGCUCUACCUCUAGUAUUUAUGCUACUGCUAUCUCUAAUAGCUAUAAUAUUCCUAAUUCUAAUAGUUAUAUGAAGUUAACUUCUGAUAAUAAUCUUAAUUUUGCUUACAACAGUUGUAUUAUCUCUGAUUUUGAUAGUGAUAAUGAAAAAGCGAAUAAAAAUACUAUAAAUCUAAACUUUAGAGAUAUCGUAGAACUUUGUACAUCAAUCAAAGAAGCAAUUGAUAAAAUAAGUAGCUGA